CCUCCCCAGGGCUUCAAAUGCGGGUGUAUUUUGCUCUCAGGCUCCCCCCUCAGCGCCAGUGUGUGCCGUCUGAAGUACCGGAGAAAGAAGCGGAGAGAAGCUCCUCUGACCUCCUACUAUUGGGCGUAAGUCGUUCAUCUGUGCCAUCAAACCUUUCUCGCCAGUUUACUCAUUCCCGCACUCUCGGAACGAGUGGGGAACGUCUCUGUUACAGAAACUAAGAGGGAGUCAUCGGGUAAAAGGCGAAGACUUUGGAGACUUUGGAGUUCUUGAAUUGGAGAUGUGUUUCGGUGAUGCCUUUUUUCCAUAAAGUCCAGUAAAAGAACGGUAAUUACGCUUGUUUGGAUCCACAUGACACUGUCUGAACUACGGAUGAAGAGAUCAAAAUCGAUCUAUUUGUCGAGCACAGAGUGAUUGUUUAUGAUCAAGACUUAACCCAUGCUGGUUUUAGGUAGAGGAUAUAUUGGGUUUCGUCAGUUUGCGUCAUGACUUCCAGCUAUGCUUAUGUAAUGGACAGACAAGCCACGCUACCUAACCGACUGGAGAGUCCGAUCACCGCAAAUCAGGAUCAUUUACAGGCGAAGAAGAACUUUUCAGUGAGCCACCUGUUGGAUCUGGAGGAGGUGCGGGAGAUGGUGGGAGCUCAAGCGGAGGAGAGCGCAGGAGAGGCGGGCAGGAGUAUGCUGGAGUCUCCGGGGCUGACCAGCGGCAGCGACACGACACAGCAGGAGAAUGAGCAACUCAACUCAGAGGAGAAAAAAAAGCGUAAACAGAGGCGGAAUAGGACCACGUUCAACAGCAGUCAACUGCAGGCCUUAGAGAGAGUGUUUGAGAGGACGCACUACCCCGACGCGUUUGUCAGGGAGGACUUAGCACGCCGGGUCAACCUCACUGAAGCUCGAGUGCAGGUGUGGUUUCAAAAUCGGCGGGCUAAGUUUCGGCGAAAUGAACGUGCAAUGCUGGCCAGUAAAAACGCCUCGUUGCUCAAGUCUUUCUCAGGAGAAGUAACAGCCAUAGAGCAGCCCAUUGUCCCACGACCCGCUCCCAGACCCAAUGACUACCUGUCCUGGGGCAGCUCACCAUCGUACAGUGCCAUGGCAACUUAUUCUCCAUCAUGCGCUACCAACAACACAGCCCAGGGCAUGAAUAUGGCCAACAGUAUCGCCAACCUGAGACUGAAGGCCAAAGAAUACAGCCUGAACCAUGUACCCACCGUCAACUGAAGCGGACAGCAGGGCUGUCAGAGACUCAUGUCAGAGAACAAUCCCGAUGUCCCGACAAAACCGACCCCGUACUAUUGACAUAACUGUUGUUUUCUGUCCUCUUAUAUGUGUUUUACUCUUAUCCAUCGAGAAAAAGAAGCAAAGGAGAAUUUCUUCAAGGUACAGAGCUUUCCUAAAC